AUGGGCGGCCGGGUCUGGAGGCGGCUGGCGGCAUUGGGGGUGCUCUGUGCCAGGUGCACUGUGGCCCAGGGGCCCCCCGUACCCGAGACGCAGCUGCCAGCCGGGCUCAGGCAGUGGAUCGGCUUGGACUUCUGUGGCCAGGAGCGCUGGAUCGCCUUCCACGGUGGGCUUGCAGAGGUUGUGAAGGAGUUCAACAACCGCGACUUCGAGCCCGCGCUGCUGCGGCUGGCGGAGCUCCUCGUGCCGGUGGCGCAGAGCACUGAGGCGGCUUUCAGCUGCGCCACCGCCGUGGCCUCGGCGCUGGCGCUGGCCGCGCAGUGCUGUGAUCAGCUGCAGCGACCGGUCCUGGCCGCCAGGUUUCGGCAGCUGUCAGCCAUCUUCGGGUCCUACGACUACCAGAUGAAGGGCGAGGACUACAUCAACGACAGCCCCUGGCCCAUCAAUUGGAAGCAGAACAUGGAGGGCAUCCUGCGUUCCAUGGCCUUUCUGAAGCAGCAUGAGGUGCAGGCCGAGCCGUGGCGCAGCCUCCCCGCGCGCGCAGCGGCAACUCGGGGUGCAGCGAAACGGCGCGUCGCCAUCGUGACGGUCUGCGACUAUGAUCCGACUGUGACACCGCUUGCCAGAUUGUCGAAGCUGAACAGAGAUGCAUAUGCCAAGAUGCACGGCUACGACGUAGUGAUGUAUGAGAAGGCGCCUCUCUUUGCCGAUCCCUUGGCGGAGCUUCUCACGGAGCCGCUGGCGCACCGGCCGCCCGCCUGGUCCAAGGUGGAUGCUCUGCUGGAGACACUGGCACAGGGCCGUCACGACUGGGUGAUGUGGUUAGACUGUGAUUCCUUCUUCAUGGAUCCGGAGGUGCGUCUGGAGGAGGUCAUCGCCCUCGCGGAGAGCCGCUGCCCGGCGGCGCCCGGCGAUGACGCGGCUCGGCUUCGGGAUCUGGUCGCGAAGUGGCAGACCGGGCCGGAGAAGGAGCCAGAGAGUCUCCUGGAUUGGUACGACAAUCUGCUUGAGAGCUAUGCGGUGGAGGGUGCCGGCUGUGAUGCGUUUGAGCCUCCGGCAACCGCCCCCUCCAACCGAACAUUGGGUUGGUCCGAGUGGCUCUUCCGGGAGACGAGACCGCAACUGGUGGCAUCCGAGGACGGCUUGAUGCUGAAUACCGGCGUCAUGCUCGCUCGUGCUUCCAUUUGGUCUUGGGCGUUCUUCCAGAAAGUACGCUGGAUGACCUUCGGACGCAGCCCUGUCACACAACAUCCUUGGUGGGAACAGACUGCCAUGGUCUACCUGCUGCAAUUCCCGUUUGUCUUGGCCGAAGCCCGCGGAGGCCGGGACUUGGCGGCCUCGGGCCCCGCGCUGGGUUUCGCGGCGGCUUGGGCGCCCGUGGCGCAGAAGACGAUCAACGGAUAUCCACCUCUGGUGUCUUCGGCACUCCUGACGCACUCCACCUUCGAGCAUGGUGACUUCAUCGUCUCCUUCUCGGGCUGCAAGAUCUACUCCUCACAGGAGGUGUGCAACCAGCUCUUCUUAAACUACUUCUUCCAGGUACACAGCCUGGAGGAGCUGGCCAGGGACCCCGCGCUACAGCCCUGGCUCUGA